UCGGCGUUUUAAACCGCCUCUGGAGCAUUUUGAUGAAGCGUCGCUGUCAGAAGGUUCGGAGCGGAGGAUGUUCGGCAGCUACCGUGUCUCCGUCACAUCGCGGACCCGAACCUGAUGUGGUUUCGACCUGAUCGUGGAUGCAAAGUUCCGGAGAGCUCUGAGCGUCCCGCGAGCACUUUCAGGCUGUCUGAAGUUGUGACGGAACCAGGAAACGCUUUGUCUCGGAAAGGAGUCUCGGGGACGUCAGCAUGGUGAACAGUCAAGCCUCAGGUGCACCAGCAGCUCCCAGAUGCUGUGCAGGAUGUGGGGGGAAGAUCUCAGACCGCUUCCUGCUCUUCUCCAUGGAGCGCUACUGGCACACGCGCUGCCUGAAGUGCUCCUGCUGCCAGGCCCAGCUGGGGGACCUCGGCUCCACCUGCUACAGCAAGGGGGGCAUGAUUCUGUGUCGCAGUGACUACAUCAGGCUGUUCGGGCACAGCGGGGCGUGCAGCGCCUGCGGCCAGUCGAUCCCGGCUAACGAAAUGGUGAUGAGGGCACAGGGAAGUGUUUACCACCUGAAGUGUUUCAGCUGUGCCACGUGCAGAAACAGACUCAUACCGGGGGACCGCUUUCAUUACAUCAAUGGUACAAUCUUCUGCGAGCGCGACAGGCCUGGCGCUGCCUUGCUCAACAGUCACCUGGCUCCCCUUCAGAGUACCUCGGUGCUGACAGACCAGAAGGUGUGCUAAGAGCCGUCUCGUCUCCUUACAUUUCUCCUCCCCGGUUACUGUUGUGGAGCCUCAUCACUUCCCUUUGUCUCGAGGAUCCAGUUCGCCAUCGGUCAGAGAAUCCUGCAAAGGCGAGCUUCUGUUGUGUUCCAUGCCAGAGUCGUCUGUCCGUGAAGCAAAGACUUAAGAGAGGACUACAGGGACUACAGACUCCUUCAGGACGGACGAAGCUGAACUGUGCUGAUGAAUCCUCUCGGAAAGAAGAGAAGGAGCUUGCAGGACAGUUUGGUGGACUGCUGGUGUAAUUCCCUCUGUGUGGUCCCAAAGAGCCUCUGAUCUCUCCUCUGUACAUGUUGAUCUUCAGAUCUCAUUUCUGGUUUAUUAGUGUGAAUGUGAUGAUUGAGAGAAUCGGCUUAAAGCCCACAACCAGAACCAGAACCCGUCAUCCACACAUGCUGGGUUGUCUGUCACACGCUCUGGUGGAACGAUCCAGAGAUGGUUCUGCUGUUUCUCCUGCUGUAGUCUCAUUCCUUCAUCAGACGUCUGUGCAGUGUGUUUUUUUUGGGGGGGGGGGGGGGGAUAAAAACAGAAAUCCUAUUAAAACGAUUUUCCUGUGACGUGUCACGACGCGACCUGAGGUCAAUGCAGCAUUAGAGUGGCGCUGUGUUGCGUGGUACCUAGCAUGGUGGAAGUUCCCGGCUCCCUUGCUCUCUUUAGCCCUGGAUGGUGAAAACAUGCCUGAUUACCCCGAGGAAUGGAAUUAGAGGGCUUGAGCUCUGACCAUUUACAGAAGCAAUUAAACAUGAGCCCUGUAUCUGUGUUGCUGGAGCUCCUGGGAGCAUGAACUUGGGCCAUAUCCUGUGGCUGGCUGGCUGCCUCCAAUAAAGCCUAAUCUGAAAGCAGGCUAAUUAAAGGGGAGUUGCCCCGUCUACAUCCAGAGCAUUUGAAACAAUCUGAUGUAUUUACUGUUUACUAUGUUCCAAUUAAAGCCCCCACACAGCCCA